UGCUUAAAACUGAAAAUACAGGAACCAAUAAGGGACAAAGAAAUGAGGAAAUUCAACUUUUUUCAGUUGUAUACAGCACAUCAAGGUAAGCCGCAAUUAACUAUAAACAAUGUUUAAUAAUUACUUUCUACGUGAUAAGUUUUGCCCAGAUGUUCACCCAGAACUUAGGCCUGGAUUACAAUUUGUUAAAACAGCACGAAACUCGAUUUACUCAGCAGCCUUUGUUGUAAUUCCCCCAAACAAUGUAAAGGAGAAAUGGUAGUCACGUCGAUUUAAAACAGAGAACAACAGAAAGUGUUGCGAUUGUCGCGUUGAAUCGGGCGAGUCAAUAUCACUAAACUUUAUUUGCGGUUUUGUCUGUGCUUUACAAAAAAAAUAAAUAAAAUGAGUUUGCCAAUCUUAAUGGUGACUGUAGUUGCCUUUGCAACUCUGGCCGCCUCUGCGGCAGUUGAGAGCGCAAAAGCCGCAACCCCAACGGAAAGCAAUGUGGAAACUUUCGAUUCAUCAGCAGUACAAAGUCUUCCUGAACAACUUCCCCUUACAAUUCAGUUGCCUCGUCAAGAGUCCAGCAUACCAUUUUUCCAGCCGCAACCCAUUUCCUACUUAAGUGCACCGCCUGCAUUCACCUCCAACCCCCAGCCCAACUUUUACCAGGUUCCCAUACCAUCUGAGUUUCUCACCGCACCCACGCAAAGUCUUUGGAACCCAAAUAACGAUCCGACUCUCUACUACGAAUUGCCCCCAGUUAUAACCAAAGAGAACACACCGACUAAUGAAUUCCCGAAGAAAUUCAACAAGGAGGUUCACAGUAAGGGCAAGCCUUUGUCUUUACUGCCGAAACAAGAAAUCGCCCUAGAACCCAUUAGUGAAUCGUUGUUUGUGCAAAAGCAAAAGGAUCUGUACAAAACUAUCGAGAAGUUAAAUAAAAAGGAAAACACAAAGGAGGUUGAAAAGGAAAAGGUACCUAGAACUAGUGUUAAACCAUUAAAGAUUCGGAGUAGUAAGACACGACCUAUCGACAGUACAACCCGCGAGACGAAACUCAAACCAUCUACACACGUAAAAAAGGGGACAGUUCCGAAAAUUAGCGACUCUGUUAGUUCAGAUUCGAGUUAUGAGCACAAUAGAGGACAGUAUGAUCCUAACAAAUUUAGCAGGGGACUUUCGCCUCAAAUAACUGACUCACUGGGAAUUUCGACUAAUCAUGGGGAAGAUGGGGAACGUCUGCUAUUCCACAUGGUGGGGCAGGACGGGCCCAUGAGCUACAAAUGGGGAUAUGAUACUGGCAAAGGGCAAAACCGACAAUUCAGAUUUGAGGAGAGAGACAAAGAAGGGAUAGUCAAGGGCCAGUUCGGCUACUACGACAACGAAGGAAAAUUUAGGAUGAUGAACUAUCAAGCACAUCCGGAUAAAGGGUUUAGCAUGAAACCGGCACCAGAGAGCGACAUAAAGGAGUAAAAUAUUGUCAGUCACCGGCCCUCUAAGUUGAACGCUAAAUAAACAGCAAUUAUUAAGUACCUACAGUUAAAAAAAAAAAUUCAGUUAGAAGAACCACUUUUACUCGAAUUUAGAGUUCCGUUGACUGUACAAGCAAUAAAACUUUCCACUCAGUUUAAACAAAUUCAUUCUGUGAUAGCUGUGAAUAUGUAUUAUACUUAUGUUAGAUGUACGGUUUUGAUACUGGAACGAUUGACAGUAUAUUUUAUAUUUUUUCCCUAGGAACUUUUAUGUCGCUCUCUGUGUAGUCUGUUGUAAAUACUCUUUGUUCUCCUAACAACCCUAGCGGCUUUGUUCGAUAUUAAAUGCUAUUUUAGGUGUAUUUUAAUUAUAAAUAAAUCCAUUUAAUGUUUUUUACCAUCAAAUGUAUUUUUAUUAAUUAAAAAUUGUUUGCCUUUAA